GUCUGUUUUUCAUAAAAGAUGCUAGUGAAUUGAAUAUUUCAGAGUGUAGACUUAAGCAUUCAUGAGUGUAUAAAAGUCUAUCUAAGACAGAAAAUUCAAACUGAAAUCAUUUCAUUUUUUUUUUUUUUUGCAUUGAUGGUGAAUCAGUGAUUCUGAAUAGUUGAAAGAUUUUUGUUGAUACCCACAUCAACUAAAAAAAUGUAAUUUUUUAUCAUACUCUUGGACUAUUAAAUGUCAAUUGGAAGAGCAUAUAGUUUGUAUCAUUCUCAUCCAAGUAAAGUGUAUGGUUUAAAAAGGUUUCAAAAAUCAAUUGAAGCCAAUGAAUUAAGUGAUAAGAAGUGAGUUUGAAACUUAUAUAAGUUGAUCCUUUAUAAAGAUCAUUUACAAUUCUAUUCUAAAGUUCAUAAAUUAGAUCAAAGUCACAGAUAUAAGAAUCAUAAUCUACAGAUAUAAGAAUCAUAGUCUGGUCAAGAUCACAGAUAUAAGAAUCAUAUGCUGGGCAAGGUCACAGAUAUAAGAAUCAUAAUCUGGUGAAGGUCACAUAUAUAAGAAUCAUAGUCUGGUUAAGGUCACAGAUAUAAGAAUCAUAGUCUGGUCAAGGUCACAGAUAUAAGAAUCAUAGUCUGGUCAAGGUCACAUAUAUAAGAAUCAUAGUCUGGUCAAGGUCACAUAUAUAAGAAUCAUAGUCUGGUCAAGGUCACAUAUAUAAGAAUCAUAGUCAGGUCAAGGUCACAAAUAUAAGAAUCAUAGGCUGGGCAAGGUCACAGAUAUAAGAAUCAUAAUCUGGUGAAGGUCACAGAUAUAAAAAUCAUAGUCUGGGCAAGGUCACAGAAAUAUGAAUUAUAGUCUGGGCAAGGUCACAGAUAUAAGAAUCAUAGUCUGGGCAAGAAGGUCACAGAAAUAUUAAUCAUAGUCUGGGCAAGGUCACAGAUAUUAGAAUCAUUGAAAAAAAGUUUGUAGCAUGUGUUGUUAAAUUCAUACUUGAAGGCUAGCAAAGCUGGCAUUACAAAUUGCAUUUUACUGUUAAUCCGACCGUUCAUUCAUAAGAAAAUGAUCUGGCAAACAAAGAUUUUGUCAUUGUUUUGUUUACUAGAUUUACAUAUUAUCUGAGUUAUACACUGAGGCACCCCUUCCAAAAUACAAAGUAUGGUAAUAUUACUACAAUAUAAAAUUUUCAAAAACCAAUUUCGGAAAUCAUACAAGAACUCCUCAUAUCGAGAUGAAAAAACAGUUUUAGAGACAAUGCCAGAUACAACACGUAGAUACAACACGUAGAUACAACACGUACAUCCUUAAAUUCAAUGUAUUUUAGAAGACUUGAGGAUUAUUUGGUCCGGGAGGGUGUAACUCUGUUCAGCUGUGUCAGCAUUAUCUUAUAGACACCAUUGUGUCAUGAGUCAUGUAAGUUUGUUAGGCUACUACCUUCUGAAUUUUAAUGAGUUAUUAAAAACACUUUCACCAUCUAUUUUUUUAUUGUUGAUGAGUGAUAAGCUGGGCCAGUGUGAUAAAAUUCAGAUUUAUGGAUGAUGAUCUGCAAUUACACAAAUGUUAAGAUGGUAUCUGGGAUUCCUCUCAGUGGCAUUUAAGUUCCUGUUAAAAUGUCUUUUAAAGAACAGAGUUUAUCAUUUAAUAGAUCUAUAUGAAGAUAUGACUGAACUAAUACGCAUGAUAUUCAUUUUAAUGAAAUGCAUGCAAAUAAGCUUUUCAUAUUAGACAAUUUCAAGGAUCACGACCUGUUGUCAGAAACUUUAAUCAAUGUAACUGAAAAAGGAGUGAAGUCCAGUCAAUUUAAGACUGCCUUUCAAUGCCGUUGAAGUACCUUGUUUCACAAACAUUUGUAUAAGAAACAGAUCUUGGCAAACAGAUACCUGAUAAAUGAAUGAGCAGGGUGUAGACUACUCUAUUCUACUCUAUUCAGCACUCACAAAAAAACUGAAUGUGCACCUGGUUCAUCUUUUGUUUGCAGACGGUAGAACAAAAGAGGGACAUGUACUGAUAAACACUGGUAUAAUGGAGAAACCAUUCUGGAAAGAGCCACACCUCCAAUCUUCAUCGGAAGUCGGUCUUGUGCGUUGCCACGAUUCAGUAGUUCACCUUGAUUUCUAUUGAGCUUCUGAUUGCCAGCAAUGAAUAAAUCCACACACACAUACAAACAACGUCUACCCCAAUGUGGUUUUUUAUCAAUUACCAUAAUUUCUGGAGUUAGCUUUUGAAGUCCACAUAAAAUUUAUCAGAGGGUAGAAUCAUGUUCAUUUGAUAUUCAUGUCCAAAUAUCAGAAACUUCAGCAAAAAAGUGAGAUCAGUGAUUACAGGGUCUACCACACCCUAUUUCCUCUUGGAUGACACAGCCCUGGUUUAAAUAGUGGUACGUACCUUUUUGGAGAACUAUAAAACGGCCCAGCAGGAAUCAUUUGUAAAUUUAAAUCCCCCUCUUCUAUGGGAUUUUGCUAACUUUCAUUAAAUGAGAUGAGUCUUAUUAAACAAUUAGUCAUCUAUUGGAGGACCUUUGCAGAUAGUCAACAAAAGUGUGGAUGGAUUAUGACAAGCUGUAUUAUAUAACAGAUAGGUAUGGUUGGAUUAUGGUCCUCUCAAAAGAUGACAGUUGAUGGGGAAUCUUUUAUCUGAAUAAACAGCGAUGAUUAUGAUGUGGAAUAAUAACUCGAUCUCCCGAAAACAUUGUCCAUUGUUUGCAUCUUAUGAACUCAGACCAGGAAUAAAGAUGUUGAGAAGGAGGAUUUAACAAGAUAAGAGCCUAUUCAGCAUUGAUCAGUGAGGUUCUGCUGAUCACCAAUACUUUUCUGGAUCAGGAUGCCCAAGAAAAGCAAGCCAAAGAAGAUCAAAGUCCAGGCAGCCCGUCAAUUGUCAUCUCCAGAAAAAUCGGUUUCCAAGAAAAAAAUCAAACUUACACGUCAAUGCCAUUCCUCCUCGGAGAUUUAUCAGUUGCAGACCAAUAGCAGUGUUGAUGACGACAAUGUUGAUACACCCCCUUUAAGUAACAGCAGACCAACAUCCCCCUUGAACUUUUUUCUUCCAAUAUUGGAAUAUGGCUUUUCUUGGCCUAGAAGAAAAAGUCCAUUGAAAUUGGCCAGUGAACAGAAGAGAGUAAGAAGUCCGCUGUUAUCUUCAUCCCCAGACAGUGGACUUCCGAAUUCCCCUGUAUCAGUGUAUGAUGACUUGUUUUCCCCAACCACUGAAAAUAGGAAGGACAAAGAGGUUCUGUCAGUUCCAGAAUCUGAUAGAAAUCCCUCUCCCCUUUCUAUGGUUCUGGAGCACAAUUCUUCAUCGUCCUGCAGUGAUGGAGAGACUGAAAAUCAGGAUCUUCGCUCAGUGCUGGAGGCGUUAGAUUACGUUAUAGAGCGUGAGCACGACGAUAAAGAGCAUCCGUACACCACGAUUAAACAUGAUUUAACUGAUGAAGAGGACACUAGUGAUACUAUAAAUAGACAUUCGCCGUAUAACACCAGCGACUCACCAAAUAAUGGGUCGCCUGAUAACACAUGUGAUUUACUAAUUAAAUCACAAAAGAGUUUGGAUCAUUUGAAUGGGAUUAUUAAAGAUGGCAAAGGAUCUGUAUCAAAAAGAGUUAGGUUCAACAUUGAUAAUUGUGAAGUUAAGAAAGGCAGGAAAUCUGAUAUAGUGAAAGCUUUGAGUGAACCUUGUUUCUAUGGGGUCACAGUGACAGUGGUUGACAUACAACCCCAGAAAGGGGGAGGGGAAAGCUGUACUGUUACAGAGUCAUUUCAGGCUAUGGUUUGUCACCAUCCUGACUGUUCCGAGAGCAAUGGAGGACACCCUCUCCUCAUGUGUAAACCAUGUGACAAACAUAUCCAUGGAAGCCAUCAAAACAGCAAUCAUCUUGUCCUCGAUGCACCAAAGAAGAAACUUGGUCUGGCUCAGCUUGGCCGAGGGGCAUCAUCUCCCAAUCUGGGCACUCGGGAGAAGUCUCAUUUGGAGCUGAAUCGUCGUCAUACAGAGCCAGAAGAUGAAGAUGUGCUAGAUGGAAUCUAUAUACAAAAGAAAGAGGUCCAAGAGUUUCGGCCCCCUCCCACACCCUCAGCAGCCGAGCUUAAGCUGAAGAGAAAAAAAGCCUUGAAGUUGAAACGCAGACACACAGACGAUUUACAUCACAGCAGUAGUGAGUUGUACUCAGACGAGGAGGAGAUUGAUCUCGAGUUCAGACGUAUGUCUGAGGACUUCUCAGGAGGGCUGCGCAAACAGUCAAAGUCUGUCAUAAGUGACGAAUGCUUCACCUUGAGAUUUGUAGACAUCGAUGAUAACGAAUUAGAAGUGGUGGCUGCUGUUCGGGGCAUCAGUUUAAGGGCAGCCAUACAGUCCAUUCUAGAAAGGCGGGGUAUGGACAUCAAUCGAAUUAAUGUGUUUGUGGAGGCCUCCAAAACUCCUUUACCUCUGGACUGUGAGUCUUUCCUGCUGGGAGGAAACACCCUCAACAUCAAAGAGAAGGACUUCGAAGGAGGAUCGGGCAAGUCUCGACCAAACAGCGGUACAAAAAGCAGUAAAAAGAACUCAGGGAUGGGACGACGAGAAUCUCUGUUUGGGCGUGUGCCACCAGUGGUUGAACCACCGUCGGUAAAACAACGUAGAAAUUCCCUGUCUAUACCAUUUUUUUCUCACCCCACACCCAAACAGGGUGACGGGCCAAGGUUGCUUGACGACUAUCAGUCUGUGGGAAGUCUUCGGAGUCGACGAGGGAUCAACCUCUCCAUCGACGACAUGACACCCAUUCCGCAGACUCUCUCAUCCUCCGUCAGUCCACAAGGAACCAUCUCUUUUAACGAGGGUCGCAGAAUCAAAGAUCGCAGCAAACUCACCAAUCUCUUCAGUCCUGCAGGAUCUAAGGAUCGGGAAAAACAUGAUCAGCUUAGUGAGAUCUUGAACAACUACAGCAGUAAUGGCAUCCCACCCAUGCCGGACCUCCUUAACAUUGGACGCCCCUGUAUCCGGGACAAUCUGUUCGAGAUCGAACCUCACUGGAGUUCUGUUGUGGACAAUGCUUCUAUGCUGACAAAGCGACAGCACGAUCAACAAGAGGCUAUAUGGGAAUUACUCAAUACGGAACUUCAUUAUAUUAAAUCUCUCAGGGUCAUCGUAGAUCUAUUUAUGUGUUGUUUGAUAAACUUACAAAGUGAAAGUCUCCUUAAUGAGAUUGAGACAGAACAUUUGUUUGGCAAUAUUAGUGAUGUCCUCACUGUUAACUGUGAUUUCUGGGAGUCCCAUCUGUUAAAAGUGUUAGUAGAAGCAAGAGAAAACCGAAUGCCUCUCAAUCCCUCAGACAUGAAGGAUGGAUUCAAAAAGUUUGGUGAGCUUUUUAGUCCAUACAGCAAGUACUGCAGUGAUCAGAAGCACUGCACGGAGUACAUGAAGGCUAGAUACGCAGAUAAUGAUCUCUUUAAAACCUUUGUUGUGUGGGCAGAGACCCAGAAACAGUGUAAUCGGCUAAAGCUGACCGAUCUAUUGGUCAAGCCAAUGCAGCGACUGACCAAAUACUCCCUGUUACUGCAGGCCAUUCUUCGCAAGACGGAAGACGAUCGACAACGAAGGGACCUCUUAGAAAUGAUUGGAGGGGUGGACAAAUUUGUUUCUCAUGUGAAUGCCACACUGCGUCAUAAGCACGACCAAGAACGACUGAACGCAAUUGUAGCCAAGAUUGAGUCUUAUGAUGCUGUGGAGUCGCCCAAUGACGAAUGUCUAAAAUAUAUUCAAGAAUAUUAUGAUAACUUUGACCUUCGUGCACCCAUGCCUGGGUGUGGUUCCGAUCACACCAGAACUCUCGUUAUGCAGUCUGUGCUCAAACUUAAGGACUCUGCAACAAGAAUGGAUGUGGAAUGCCUACUGUUUACUGAUCUCUUACUGAUAUGUAAACCAAGCAAAAGAAUGGAAAAAUAUAAAAUUAUCAAACCUCCCAUGCGAGUGGACCGCAUGAUCAUUCAGGAACUCAAGGACAAAGGGAGUUUCCUGUUGAUCUACUUGAAUGAGUACCACGUUCCUGUGUCAGCAUUCACCUUCCAUGCUGACCAAGCCUCCAUUCGAGUCUGGGUGGAACACAUCAGGAAAUCUCAGUCCCAAUACAGAGAAGCUAGAAAGUCCAAUCAAGGAAGCAUCAGUUUCCCAUAUCUCAGAAAUGAGGAAGUUGUAGUAGAGGAAGUGAUUCGCACCACACCCCUUCACCCCCUCAAUGAGGAUGCUCUUUUGUCUCCCUCCACAACACAGUAUGAUGUGUCUGAUCUCUUCCGUAGCAGCAGUAGUCCCAUGCCCAGCCCCAUUGACAAGUGCCCCCCUCAUUACUUCCACAAAUCACACUCUGAACAGACAAUCCAGAGUCAUCGCUUACAGCUCUCCAAGGAGAGAACGCGAUCAGAGGACAUUCGAAGUAGUCAUCCGCCAGUGCAAUCUUCCUACUCAGUGCCGAACUUUGAGGACACAGCGAAUCACGAAGAAGAGGAAGAAAAAGGUCAAGGUCACUCGUCCUCCUCAGCAACUAGUAACUCCUCACUCCCAGAUAUCCUUGAUGAUGGUUUAAAGCAGAAAUUAAAUCAAAGGCGGUCCUCGAGGACUGAUGCAAAGAGAUACCUCACAGCUGAUGCUAUUCAGGAAUUAAGUAAACACGAGGACAAGGAUACAAGUAUACAUAAAAGACUUUCAUGGAAUUGUGGAACCAAAGAUGAAGAAAUUAGACAAAACACACUUAAAAAUAAAGUGCAGAGUACAGACUCCAUCAGGAGCAUACAUAGCUCGAGUGGUGUCAGUUCUACCGGAUCUCUACAUUUGAGCCCCGAUGGCGACAUUAAUGAGGAUUUAUGUCACAAUAACACUGACAUCAGCACAAUACACGAGUCCAGCUGUAACGAGGAAGAAAGUAUCAACGAAAAAGAUCGACACAAAUCCAAGUCAACUACUGAUAUUUCCAAACUGUUUGAGGACCUCCACACCAGUGAAGUGAAGGAUGGGAUCUCUUCUGUGGAUAUUCCAUCCAACAUGGACAAGAAGAAAUUUAGUCAUGCUCAAAUCAUGAAGAUUAAGAAGCAAUUACUUCUCAGCUCUAAUGUUGAAGCAAGUGAGGUUUGAAGGUGGGAAACCUACUUAAGCAAUCAGUGCUACAAUCAAUCAUAAUCCAGGAUUCCCGUGUCCUAUCUACUGCCAAACAAUCCGCCCCAUAGCAAAUCCAAGUCGUGCUUACCUGCAGCAGUCAGGAAAAUGUGCUGUGCAACAGUGACGUGCAUUUUUUGAUAGCUUGAUUCAGUUUGGGCACAUUUUGUCCAUGUAAAGUAUGACUUAUCAGAAUAUGAUUACAAUGUUCAUUCCAGUGACUUUGCUGCAUGCCAUGACAGCUGUUGCCAUGACAACAUGAAAUGGCUGGCACAAUUGUGAUAUUUAAGUGCUCUAAUGUUUUUGUGAAUGUCUUCAGCAUGUUUUAGAAAGUUUUACUUGUGAUAACGUGCUGCAUGUUUUAGGGUGUUUAACUUUGUAUAAAAUUAUAUUUUAUUAAAGGGUUAGACUGACAGUAAAAGAUCUGAGAUAGUUUGUGGUUUAAAUAAUAUUUAUUCCAAAUAAACGACUCGGUUAUGAGGCAAGGUGGAAUUAUCUUUAGAAACAUAUCUGUAUUGUGCAAUAAUAUAUUUCUUUUCUGACAAAACAAGAUCUAUAUAAUCUUAUAUGUUUUACUUCGGAGUUUGAUUAUUUCAGCAGGCUGGUAUACUUAUUGCAUCAUGUUUUAAUGAGUCCUCAUGUGAUAGUAUAUUGACUUUAUAUAUGCUCAAAUGUUAACAUAGUAAUGUUCUUAAACUAUGUAUAUACAUAUGCAAUGGUGGUCUACCUGUCUCUACUCUGUUAAUGGUUACAAUUUUAUUUUCAUUGACAGCGGUGAAGAAUUGAUAUUUUGUACAAGAUUACAAAACAUUUCGUAAUUUUUUUUAAUAAAGUGAUAUUUUUCAGUGUAUUGAUACUUUAAAGACACACAUGACGUUUCUCAAUGAUAUAUAAUUUUUCGCGAUAUUUCGGUUACAAUUUACUGAUCUUGUUUCUACCAAAACAAAACUUGGUGUAUAUUACCUAUACUAGGUCUGUUUAGAGUUAGCAUAUUUUGAUAGUUCCUGGUUGUGGCAAGUAAAAAUGUAAAGUCAGCUGUCAUGUAUUACAGAAGAUUGUAUAUAUUGACAUUACUGAGUUAUUGUAGAGAAGAUGGUGAGAAACAUCUUUGGAUCAAUCGGAUAUCGGACCCUUGCAUUACUAGUUGGGUGAUCUAAGCACUGAACUAAUAACCAGGCUGAAAUAUGAAGUAUAGUAAUAUCACUACAAUAUAAAUUUAAUCCUAUUUCAGAAUUCAUGCAAGAACUCUUCAUAUUGAGGAGAUAAAAAAAAUAGUUCUAGAAAAAAAAUGGCAGAAACGUCAUGUAUGACCUUAAAGUAAGGCCAAUAUUGAAAUUUAGAUUGUUUCCACUUAACGGUCAACUUGGUAGAAAAUAACCUGACUCUAAAAGAUGUUUAAUUCUUUUUUCACAAUUCUUCAUCUAAAAGAUUUUUCAAUUUAAAAAAAAAGACAAACUAAGUUUGGUGUAAACUUUGUUGAAAUUGAUUGCUUAUUGAAUGUCACUAUUUACAUUUUUGGCCAAAAAUAAAGUAUUUUUCUUAACCAUUUGUCAAAAUAACUGGUCAGAAAGGAAAAUCAAUAUUUUAAUUUCAGCUUAAAACGUGGAGAUUCAUUUGAAUUUACAAGGUAAAAAGAAUUGAAGAAAAGGUUAAUUUUACAAAUACUGUGUGAAGAAGCAAAUGUUAAUGCAAAAGUUGUGCAAGUGAGGAACACUGUUCUUUCCUCCUAUUGUAGAAUAUCAGUUGGAAGGUAAUAAUCUGAAUCAUUUUUCAGAUUUGUGAUUACUUCAUUAACUAAUAAUGGCAUGGCUGUGUUUAGUCUCAUGAUUUUUUAUAUAUAUAUAAGAUAUUGUUGGUCAAACUUUGACCAGUCAUUGUCAGUUGGACAUUCCAUGUGAUGUAUGUAACAUCCUUCUAUUUAUUAUUCACUUGUUCCAAAUCAUGUACUUUGAAAUCAAUUUUUGUUACAAAAACUAAUUAUAAUAUGUCUAAAAGGA